CUCAUUUUUUCCUUUCUUCUCCUUCACAAGGAUCUUCUUCUCUCUCCCUCUGCCGAUGCCCAACGUCAAAGCCGUUUUUCUUUAAUGCCCAAUUUAGGUCUCUGUGCCUUUGCUGACGCCUUUAAUCUUACCCCUGAACAACUGACAGAGCAUAACGUCAAUAGUCUUUACAGAUGCGCCCACUUUUCCUCUAAAUCGGACAAUAUUUUCGGGAAAAAAAUAAUGGCUUUUGACAAUGCUGUAAAAGAACGUCUGAAACGUGCCCAAGAUGCGGUCUGUGAGUAA